GAGAGGGAGCCAUAAUGACUGUUACUUCUGCCGGUGUAAAUCAAUUUCUCGGCGCACAGAGAGAUCAACGUUCGCUAGAGGACGAACGCAGGGAAUUUAAAGCCUAUGUGCUUUAACACACAAUAAUUUUAAUUGAAUCACUAUAUUUUAGGAAUGUGUCAACACCGUAGCCCGCAGUAGUAGGAAGUUUGUUUGUUGUCCGUGGACAUUUCUCGCACUUUUUGCGGGACUAUGGCGGUGGAGCUGGUGGGGAAGCGCUGCCUCUGCGUGAGCGGCGGAGAGUCUCUGGAGCUCGCGGGAAUCUCGCGCUGGAGCUGGAGAGCCGGAGUCAUCCGUGCGACCACCGACCCGCCUGCGCUAACGGUGUGUGUGCACUGGGACGGAGAGCAGUGCGCGGAGGGGAAGUGGAGGAGACUCAGAGAGGAAUGUGAGGUGGUUUUGUUGGAGCAGAACCUUGUCUGGGCUGCCAGAAGAACCAGCACGAACAAUGGCAGCGCCCAUGAGAAGAAGAACCUGCAACCUGCCCUGAGAUUCCAGCCUCUGAUUGGUUUGUCAUGCGUGGAAGGCGUGUCAGUGGUGGAGUUCAUCUCUGACAGACAGCUGGAGUUUUACAUGGAAAAAGAGGAGCUCCAGCCGUUCGAGGAGGAGGCAGACAGUGAAAAUACAGCUGUGCUAGAUGAUCCAUCUCUGCAGGAACAGGUCCAGGCCUGGCUCAAGCAGAACCACUUCCAGAACAUUCUUCAGCAAGGUGCUUGUCUGCUGAUGGGUCUGAAAGUGAAAGUGUUCAGACAGGAUUCCAAAACCCAGUGGCUGUCUGGAGUCAUCACACACAAUGAGCAGAACAAGAAAACCGUGGCUGUCAUGACUGACCAGGUCCGAGAGAUCGUGAAUGUUGAUCCAUUGCUGGUUCAGAUGAUGUUACUAGAUGAUAUCUCACACUCCGCACUAAAGAGAGAAAACUCAAAACGCAAAUCUCAUAUCGCCAAGAUCAAUAGGAUUUUUCUUGGCAUAGGAAACCGAUCAAGCAACACUACAGCAAGUGACCAGGUGUGCAGCUCCAGGCCAGUACAGCAGCAGUCUGAACUGUGCAAACAGAACUGCAGCAUGGUAGAGGAUGAGAAAGACGGGAUGAGGGAGGAGAAGAUAAGUGAUGAAGGGAGAGGAGAUUCCUCCAAAUCUAAAAAUAGCCAUGGGGAGAGAAAAAGGAGGAAAGAAGAGGAGGAGAAAGAUGAAAAGGAGAGGAGCAGAUGUGGGUUUAAAAGGUUGAAAGCAGGCAGCAUGUCUGACCUGUCUGAGAACAGCGAUUCUGAAAAUUCCAGUUGUAGAGUGCAAGAUUCAUCUUCAGAUUCAGGAUCAAAGAGACAGCUAAAACAGCAUCACACUUCAAAGAGGCCAUUGGACUGUAAGACUCACCCCUCCCACAAAGGCAGGGAACCUUUGCCCAACCAAUUAAUAUAUAGCGAGGGUCAGAAAUUGGGCAAAACUACUCAGUUCCAUUCCUCUAAUGCAUCUUGCAACAGUGCUUUCAAGAACACACAGGCAGUAGAAUGUGCUGUCAGAGAUAGUGGUGGCAAAGCAGAGGAAAGAAGCGAUGGAGGGAUGCCAGAAAUAGAGGACAGGAGUGAGGGGGCGUCUCGGGAGGACUCUGAGGCUGUGUCGGCACUGCUGGCAUCCCAAGAGAGCGAGCAGCUGGUCUCCAUGGAGACCACAUGUGUGCUAUUGCACACAUCACCUCUGGAGUGUGAAGGUGCGGAGGCUGAGCAGGAAAUGUCGACGUGUGAUCCGGAGAUCAAAGGGUCAGAGUUCACCCACAUAGAGGCUAGGGGGAUGAAGUUUAGCAAAUCAGAGGUCAGAAUGUCGACGUGUGAUCCGGAGAUCAAAGGGUCAGUGUUGACCCACGUAGAGGCUAAGGAGUCGAAGUUUAGCAAAUCAAAGGUCAGAAGGUCAGAAUUGACCCAUUCAGAGGCAAUUACAGCCAGCAGUGACUCUGCAGUCUCGGUAGAAAAGGAUCCUAGAGGAGCCCUGCCUCACUCGCCCAUCAUAACUUACAACAAAAAGGAGGUAGAUGUGGAUUCUAAACCAAGUUGUUCUGCAGGAACGGUGAUCACAGAAUAUGGACCUGUAAUUUCCAUGGAAACUAACCACAAGCCCAGUGUGCGCUUCUGUCCUUGCCCCUCUCUGGAGAUCAUAUCUAAACCUCAGACUAUACAGGAGACAUCUAGACAGAAGCAGAGUGCAUCCCUAGAAAUGGUCAUGUUGAAGGAGGUCUCUCCUGUUGUUAAAUCUGCCAUGGAUAGAACUCCUACUAGCCUUAAAAUGGCACCCAAUCCCAAAGUGACCUGCUCUGCAGCACCAGUCCUGACCCUUUCCCCUUCUUCAACCCCAACUCGAUCCAGAACACCAACACAUUCUCCCUGUACACCUAAUCGCACUCCCCCACCAGACAAGCCCACCAAAAGCCCUCUCAUUGUAGACAGAAAGGAGCCCUUCACCAUCUACAGAGACCCUGCACUAGUGAGGGUGGAGCUGGAGACCCACCCCACCUACAUCCAGCCUCCUCACACGCCCCCAAACCCCAAACAGCACCUGAAGACCCCAUCUCCUUCCUCCAGCUCUCCAAGUAUUACCCAUUCCUCCUCCCACAGCAAGCUACUGAGUCCAUCCCCUCACCCUGCACAUCUUUCUCCCAUUCCUCUCCACUCCCAGCCUCCGCUUUGCUCCCUCAGCACGCCCGAUUCAACCAUCCCUCACCCGCACCUCCUCCCCUCACUCCUGCCUGCACUCUCCCCAUCUGCUGCACUCCUGGCCAGCCACACAUGUAUGGGAGCUCUCGGGCUUCCUCACCAUCCUUUGGCUCUUCCGGGGAACCAGUCUCUUCUGGGCCAGACUUCUGGCUCAGCUACUCUGGCACCACUUGGCCUCUAUCCUCUCCUCUGGCCCUCUUUCCCCAACGGAGCCCACAGCUAUGCUGGACUGGGCCUGCCAGCAUCCAAAUGGACACACCAAGAGGCAGCUGGUAUCUCUGACAGCAGCGUGAGGAGGAACACCCCAAGUGCUUGGCUUCCUCAGCCCACCCCUGUGACGAGUGUAGACAGUCAAGGAUUGCAACCUCCGCUGCCUGUGCGACCCUCCAGUGCUGACCCUCAGAGAGUGUCCAGGACAUCUCAACCUUGCACAUCCUCCUCCAAAACCACAGAAGAGUUGGACAGAAGAGGCAUCACAGAGAGUCCAAGCUCCAUUCAUACUCACUUCAAGUCAGAGCAGGAGCGUGUCCAGGCAGCAGCAGGGAAAAAUGAGCAGACUUACUGCCCAGCUGCCCUUGAGUCGGCCCAGAGUCGAACCAAACAGCCACUUGUUGUUUACGAUCUCACAGGUGAGAGACCAAACCAUUACCAGGAAGAGAACCAGCGCAUUCUUCAGGAGAGCAUUGAGGUGGCACCGUACACCGCUAAACUGGGCUCUGAUAGGAAGUCACGAUACUCUAGAAGCCCCACAUCCACCCUUCCUUCCAAGGAGAGGGAGAGAGAGGUAGAGAGGGAGAGAGAAAGAGAGAAAGACAAAGAGCGAGAAGUGCAUGCAGUCAGACACACUCUACCUCCCCGGCCGCAGUCAGCCCACCCUACUUCCACCCUCACGCAGAGCAGCUACUACACUUCUCUGUCCAACAGCAUGGAGAACAAACCUCCACAGCGCAGAGCACCAGCUAGUAAAGAACUUUAUGAGAGGCUCAGUUCUAUUGCGUCUGUCAUGACUUCAUCCAACUCACAGAGCUCCAUCAGGGCCAGACCUCCACCUCUUGUCAAACAGCACCACGUUAAACAGGAGGGUCUCCUGGGAAAGAUCACAGAGCAACUGGCUCAUAAAGCCUCCGUGAUGGAACCACUGGAGGUAGCGGCUGUGGAUAGAAGGGGUUCAGGCUCUUCUCUCAUUUCGGUCUCCUCUACCUCCCUUAAUGUGCCUUUACUCCACCGAGCACCAAUUUUUCACCCUCCAGCACCACCUAUCGUGUUUUAUAAAGACUCCGGACAUGGCAGAUUAUCCCCGCCCACCCUCACAGCCAUUCAGCCAAUGAGCUUGUCUGGUAAAGGUCAGAAGCAGCAGAGACCGCCUACCCUGUUGCCUGAACACAGACAUACUGCUGUAGACGGGAAAAAGCCUGUGCCAGAAAAAGUGACAAUGGCAUCACAAGCCUAUGAUACUCAACGUGGUGGAGUUUUGCACAACCGUGAGAGAGGGGCUGGUGGGCACAUAACAAAUGGUGUGGUAGUCAGACCACAGUCAGCCACUGCGUCAGUUAUUGUACGACCAACAAGCUACAUGCACACAACAAUCAAUUAUACAGUCUCCGACAGUUCAAAUUCACAGAUGCAUUGCGGUCACAUGAGAACUUCGGAAAGUUUGUCCAACCCACACUCUAAGGAUGGUUGUGUUCAGCAUAAAAGAGGAGUCCUCUGGACUCCUCUGGAUACCGUUCACCCCAUCAACAUGACGGUUCGGACAGGGGAUCUCAACACUCCCAUAAACAUGACAACUAAAUCUAUUAGUACAGCUCAACCAAAUUGCGGAGUGACACACCCAUUAACAAAUGUGGACACCACACACUCUAGAGUAGAUGUUAUUACCGAACACAGCAAGAGGAGAGAGGGUGGGGCUGUUCAGCCAAAGACGGAGUCUUCUACCACCUCCUUCUGCACUUCUAAAGACUUUCCUCAUCUGAAAAAACACAGAGCUGGACUAGCUGCUGCCAAAUCCAGACUUAACAAGCAUACAAUACAGCCUCAACACACUAUGCAUUCUUCAGAUGCUACGAAUCAUAUCUCACACCCCUCAAACAGUAGGUAUGGCACUUACACUACACUUAGUACACAUGUUGUGUGUUCUGCACAUGCUCUGGAAAGAGAAAAAGAAUCUGUAAACCCUAGUCCUUCUAAAUGUCCCAGUCUGGCAUCAGGGAUGUCCAGCCCUGUACCCCCAGCCAAUCAAGACUUUCUCACUAAGGAGCAGCCACCUGCCUCGGCCCUCACCAACCAGUCAGCUCAAUCAGGUCAGAACAACUACCAUAAACUAAAAAAAGCCUGGUUAACCCGCCAUUCUGAACAAGACAGAGGCAGGACAACCUCCCAAAUAGUAGAUGGCCCUAAAACAUCUGUAACUCUGAUCAACACAACAAGCACCUCUGUGCCAGUCAAACAGGAAACAAAUGGAGUUGUGGAUAAUUGGUCGGGUCAGGAGGACAAAGAUAUUGCACUAGACAGCAGAAAGUGCAAAAUAUUGGAUAGGAAGUAUGGUUCAGAAGAGAAGAAGCCCACUCAAGUGUACAGGAAAUCAGAGGACCGGAAAUCUAAUGGUAAUGCUACAAGUUCCAUUACAGAAGACCAAAAAUCGGUCAUGGCCAAUGAGAAACCAGUCAAGAAGUCUUCCUUGGAGGACGUCAAACCUGUCUUGGAAAGAAAUGGCAAGCUGGAGGGCAAGGAGUCCACCCUUGCGGACAAGAAGUCUAGUGGAAAAAUAUCAACCUCCAUGCACAUAAAGGCCGAGAAGGAGAAACGGGGAGAGAAACGGCCAUUUGAGUCCAGCAGUGACAUUGAGAGUGGAGAAGACUCUGGCCAUGAGAGUGAAAGCGGUGGAUCAGGACAGAGGUUUAAACAGCAGUCCAAGCCCUCUUUUAAAAUAAAGCAGAAUGACAACCAGAAGGAGAAAGUGGAGAAAAAAGGAGAGAAGGAAGAAGAGGAGGAAAGCAAACCAAAUGGAACAUUGCAAAGUCCAAAGGACAAGACUCAACAGAGGGUGUCAAACAGUAAUGGCAUCCCUCGCUCUGUGCUGAAAGACUGGCGGAAGGUGAGGAAGCUAAAGCAAACUGGAGAAGCCUUCUUACAGGACGACUCAUGUGCUGAGAUCGGCUCCAACGUGCAGAAGUGCAGAGAGUGUCGCUUGGAUCGCUCUCGUAAAGCUCAGGAGCUCGCCAUCUCACCUGUCUUCUGCCGAUUUUACUACUUCCGUCGUUUGUCGUACAGUAAGAACGGCGUUGUCCGUGUGGAUGGGUUUUCAGUGUCAGAGCAGACAGAUGAGGAGGCGGUUACAGUGUGGACGGGCAGCUCAGAGGACGAGGAAGACAAGAGGAGGAGACAGAUGGACCUUGAGAUGUCCAAAUACGUCCUCACGCUCAUUGGAGACAAGUUCUGCCAGCUCGUAAAGACUGAGAACACUGCUGUCUCCUGGGUCAAGAAAGACACUCAAGUCAUGUGGAAGCGAGCUGUGAGGGGUGUAAGGGAGAUGUGUGAUGCAUGUGAAGCCACUCUCUUCAACAUGCACUGGGCAUGUCAUAAAUGUGGCUUUGUGGUGUGCAUGGACUGCUACAAAGCCCGUGAGAAGAAGAAAGCCAAAGAUAAGGAGCUAUACGCUUGGCUCCGGUGUGUGAAAAAUCAGUCCCAUGACCUGAAGAACCUAAUGCCGACUCAGAUUGUCCCAGAAACAGUGUUAGCGGACAUGCAGAGCUCUAUGCACUCGAUGAGAGAAAAGUUUGGAAUCUCUUCCCACUGUCCCUGCACUGACAACAAAACCCUGAACCCCAGCAUAGCCACUUCCAAUGGACUCUCACCAUUUUCAGACAGAUAUCAGAGUGACCUGAAGAGCCAACAGAUCCCAGAUCAGCAGAGGAAUACACAACACACCACACUGAGUGCACAUACUAAUAGAAAAGAGAAGGCAGAGUGUGAUGGUGUGGAAGCUCACAACAAAAAAUCCUUCAGUCCAGAACAAGGAUCAACAUUGCGUGACCUUUUGACGUCCACAGCUGGGAAGCUAUGUCUUGGGUCUACUGGAGGCACCUUUGCACCAGUUUACAACUCCUCCGAACAGGCAUCCCAAAACACUCGUGUACCCAACAUCCUGGAUGACAUCAUUGCUUCUGUAGUUGAAAAUAAGAUUCCCGCUAAAAAGACGACCAGGACGGGGUUGAAUCAGGAUUUGAAUCCAGAGGGGGAGGCGGGGCAGCAGCCAGAGGGGGUGAAGCUUGACGAAAGCCCAUUGGCUGAUCCCCACACCAUUGUUCCUCAUGAUUGGCUAGGAAACCAUCGGCUGCUUUGGCUCAAAGAUCACCGUCACCUAGGCAACCAAAGACUGUUCAAAGAGAACUGGACACAAGAGCAGCCAGUUCUUGUGUCCGGAUUGCACAAGAGUUUGAAUGCUAGCCUGUGGAAGCCUGAGCACAUCAGCCGUGAGUUCUUCAAUCUUCAUAGUGACCUCUACAACUGCCGAGAUGGGAGCAUUAAAAACUCCAAGGUCAAGGAGUUCUGGGAUGGUUUUGAGGAUGUUUCAAAAAGGCCUAAAUCUGCAAAAGGGGAGUCAGUGGUGUACAGACUGAAAGACUGGCCAUCAGGGGAGGAAUUUUUGGCUCUCAUGCCUGCCAGAUAUCAUGAUGUGAUGAAUACUUUGCCAGUACCGGACUACACAGACCCAGAGGCUCAACUGAACCUGGUCUCACACCUGCCCUCCUUCUUCAUUCGACCUGACCUCGGUCCUCGCCUCUGCUGUGCCCACGGUGUGACUGCAUGCCCAGAGCAGGACUUCGGGACCAGUAAUCUGCAUGUUGAAAUCUCUGACACCAUGAGUAUCCUUGUAUAUGUUGGGAUAGCCAAAGGAAAUGGGACCCCAUCAAAAACAGGUGUAUUGAAGCUCUUGGAGAGAGAAGCUCUAGAUGAAAGUGUAAAGAAAAGACUGAGAGACCCUAAUGAGACUCCAGGUGCUCUGUGGCACAUCUACAUGAGUAAAGACCUGCCAACAAUCCAGGAGUUUUUACAAAAGGUCGCUGCUGAGCAGGCUGAGGCAGAUCCAGAGGCAGACUCAGACUCAGAGUGGGACAACGAUGCAGACCCCCUCCGUGAGGGCAGCUGGUAUCUGAGCCCCAGGCUGAGACGGAGGUUGCAGGAGGAACAUGGUGUGGAGAGCCGCACACUCCUCCAGUUCUAUGGAGAUGCUGUUAUCAUCCCUGCUGGAGCUCUGCACCAGGUGAUGAAUCUGCACAGUUGCAUCCAAGUGAAUGUGGAUUUUGUGUCCCCUGAACAUGCGCACAACUCCUAUUACCUAACCCAAGAGCUCCGCCCUCUCAAAGAACAAGUGAACUAUGAGGACAAACUCCAGGUGAAGAACAUCUUUUACCACUCUGUGAAAGAUGUUGUGGCCACACUGAGAAAGCAUUUGAAGGAGAAAAACACAGAGGAGGUGAAAGAGGAGGAGUCCUGACAAUGCCCUUUCUUCUCCUCAGUCCAAACACUUGGAGCAUAAAUACAAUCUGAAGAUUCUCCAGGCAGCAACCUUGGAGACAAUGACCUCUCAUAUGGAUCUCUGCAAGGCUCUGUCACUUCCUCUAUGAUGUCACUGUCUUCUCUUUGAUUUUACUAUCUUUGUUUCUACUUCCCCAUUGUGUCUUCCUGCUUUGACAGGAAGUGAGGUAAGGGGUGGAGGUACGAAAAACAGAGAGAUGAAAGUAGUACACUGUGCUCUCAAACCAGGUGCAAUGAGCUUCAAAGUCAACACUUCCAAGUGCAAGGAGUUAAGCAAAAAACAUUGGAAAGAACAACACUGGUAAAUACACUUUUUUUCUGAAGGAGAAAAUGAUUUGAAAGUGCGAAAGUGACAUUUUCUUUAUCAGUAGUUCUUACGCUGCAAAGUGUUUGCCACGACGUCAUGCUGUGUUUUGGACAGUAAGAAAGAUCAGCGAUUCCAACACAAUCAGAGCAGCAUUCCAUCAUGCCAGCAGCUGCCAAACUGACAAGUUUUAUUAUGUUUAAAGGCAACAUUAAAUUAUUUACAGUUUGGCAAGUAUUCACUGGGCAGAGGGAGAAUUUUAGAGAAAUUGCUGUUUUCUGUGUUUGUUUGAAGAAAAAAAUCUUGUGAAUUUUUCACCUUGUGAAGAUGUAAAUAGCAGAAUAUACAUACAGUAUAUAUAUAUAUAUAUAUACAGUAUAUAUAUAUAUAUAUAUAUGUAUAUAUAAAUUAUGAUUUUCUAUAACAUGAUGUGCUUUAUUUGCUGUUUGUGUUGUUUGCUACUGUAUGUACAUUGAAGUUAAAGAGAUGUUUUACAUUUUCCAUUAAAAAUGGAUUAAUCAAAAAAAAAGGUCUAUUAUGACUCUGUUUGCAUGCUUCAUUAACCUAAAAUAACAACAACAACAACAACAUUUUUUCAAAUUAUUCAGUCAGUUCUCUUAAUAAAAUAUGUUUUUAUUUAAAAGUCCAAUUCACUUCACUCUCUUGACUUACACGUACACUUUAACUGAGUAGAAUGUCCAUGAAGUUCUUAAGCCAAAUGCUGUUCAGUACAGUAGUGUAGUCUUGUGCUAAUGCAAACAUACAUUAUAUGCCCACCUAUUUUCCUGAGGAUUUGGCAUAUGCCCACCUAAAAUGAAUAAUGAUACGUAACCAAGGCCACCAGAACAACCAGCUGGCUUUUGAUCUGUAACUUCUCAAACUAUACCACAUUGCCUUUGAGUGAAUUGUGAUUUUUGUAUUUAUUUUAAAAGUUCACAGAGAUCUAUCUGUCUGUCUGUCCGUCUCUUACAUUCAUUGUUCAUAUACAUGUUUUGCCUUAAAAAAAAAAACGUAAAGAUUUAAUUUUCUGCGAAAAUUAUGAAAAUGGCAAAAUAUUGAACAUUAAUGUGAAUUCUGCUGAUUUAAAUUUAAGAAAAAGUUUUGUUUAAAUUGCGAAAAUGACUUGUAAUAGCCUUUAGAAGCAUUAGUAAGAAUGGUUUGACGAGUUUACUUAUAGAUAAAUAAUUUCAAGCUUGCAAAUUACAGAAAAAAACUAGGAAGCUAGUUACUAAUUUAACCCAAUGGCAAGCAAUUUGGAGCAAUGCUGGGGAUUUGUUUCAAAAAUGAUUUUCAGCAUUCACUAUAUGGAAUAUUCUCUAAUCUCAAUAAAAUGUAAAUUAACUAACAAUACUUUGUCUGUCUGUCUGUAUCUAUCCCUCUCUCUCUCUCUCUCUCUCUCUCUCUUUCUCUCAAUUCAAUUCAAGUUGCUUUAUUGGCAUCACAAAAGUACAUUUUGUAUUGCCAAAGCAUUAAAACAACAGAGAAAAUAGUUUAGAACAGUUGAACAAUUUAAUUAGGAUUUGGACAAGCAAUAUAAAAGGAAAAACAUUGAAAAUCAUAUAUAUAUAUAUAUAUAUAUAUUCUCUCUCUCAUUUAUAUAUAUGUAUUAUGUUUGUAUAUAUACUGUAUCUUGAGAUGUGUUUUUCUAAGUGACAACAAAUAUAACAUGAGUAAAUAAAAUAGCAAAAACAUAAAACAAUAAACAGUACACAUCAAUCUACAUAAUUUAUUCAUGCUGCGGUGAACUAUUAGGAGUUCAUAAAAAGACCCAAGCAUAUUCAGAGCAAAUAACCUGCAAAACAACGCAAUUAACCUAUCUGCAAAGAUUUGCUUGUGAUGAGGUUUUUCCUUAUUUAUUAUUACCUUAUUAUUUAGUACUACUUAUUAUUACAUUAGUUAUAUUUUAUUAGAUAGGCCUAUUACUUCUGUUUGUGUAUUUUUAAUAUAUUUCUGAGGUGUUUCUAGGCCCUAAUUAAAAUAUUUAGGCCUAUUGUAUACUGUUAUACUAUUAAUUUUUUUUCCAACAUUGCUGUACCUGAUUGUCAAUAAUGUUUUACUUAUAUUGACUUUUGCACAUAUUUCUGCCCUGCUUUGUUUAUAUUAAUGCACAUUUACAUAUUGUUAUGAAA